AUGGAUACUGAGGAACAACAAUUAGUUAGUGCAGGAAAUGUGGAACUGGGUACCUCAAGUAGUACUAGUACUCUCUUUGAGGAUAUAACAUGUGAGAAUGUGGGGGCAGGGGCACAGGAAGUGGUGCCACCGCCCAUUAGUCCUCAAGGGGAUGUAGAGAAAGAAGUUGUACCACCACCAGAAAAGCAGGAACCAGAGAGUGGUAAUCUGCCUGGUGGGUAUUCGCUUCAGGCUAUAUUAGAGCGCGUGCUGAAUUACCAGGCAGAAUUUGCGCAACAGCAAGUCGAGCGAGACCGCCAGCAAGCUGAGCGAGAUCGUAGGCUAGCAGAAAAUUUACUUGCCCAGCAAGCUGAGCGAGAUCGCCAGUUAACAGAAAGUUUCCUUGCCCAGCAAGCUGAGCGAGAUCGCCGGCAAGCUGAGCGGGACCAGCAACUUGUGCAAUCGUUAGAAAACAUGAAAAAAGAGUUUGCAGAUAUGAAACAGAAUUAUGAGUCGAUACCUAAGGCCGUGCAGGAGCUGACUGAACAGGUCAACAACCUGCAAGUAGCAAACACUAGCAGGGUAGACGAAAUAGGUGUAUUAGCCAAUCGAGUAGAAAAGCUAGAAAUAGAUUCCACGCAGCUUGUAGAGCAGAAGUGGAACGAACAAGCAACUAAAAUUGAAACAGAAUUCAACUCAUGGCUAGAAGUGAAGGAGUGUGAGAUUGACAAGAACAUUAAUUCCAAAGUACAAGCAGCCAUAGCAAAUAGAGGCUCCGAAUCGUUCAGUACCGCAGUGAAUAGUCAGGUACGCUACGUCGGCCAAGGAACGACACCACGCAUCCAGUUGUCAGAGAGCCACCUCACAAAUCCCACAGGGUCUUCCCUCAACUCACAACAACAACAACAACAACAACAAGAGAGUUGUCAGAUCACCACCACACAACUCCCACAGGGUCUUCCCUCAAAUCACAACAACAACAACAACAACAAGAGAGUUGUCAGAGCGCCACCACAAACUCCCAAAGGGUCUUCCCUCAACUCACAACAACAACAACAGCAACAACAGAGUUGUCAGAGCACCACUGCACAACUCCCACAGUGUCUUCCCUCAACGCACAACAACAACAACAAGAGAGUUGUCAGAGCGCCACCGCAUAACUCCCGGGGGGUCUUCCUUCAACUCACAACAACAAGAGAGUUGUCAGAGCACCACCGCACAACUCACACAUUGUCUUCCCUCAACUCACCACAACAACAAGAGAGUUGCCAGAGUGCAGACACUACUCACACAGCGUCACGAAAGAGCCUUGAGCCCAUCUAG